CCGGCUCUAGACCAGACAGCCGGCUAGCGAACCUCGAGACUUUCCGAACGACGCAUGCCCCUUCAAAACAUACCAAAGAGGCUCCUCUCUCCUCGACCAACCUGUCGCCGGCAGUUGAUAACCGACCUCCAUGCCGCGCGCACGACGCUCGCUCGCGCCAUUACCAAACGCAUCUUCAGUGAAGUGAUCGAACUUUUUCGAGCUCUUGGACAUCCGUUUUUGAAAUUCGAACUAGAUAGUGACGUUUUGAAAGCCGUGUUUUGUUUUUAGCGGAAACUCGUGGUGUUGAAGUUUAGUUUUUUACGAGAUGUUUUCUUUUUCGGAGCCGCGGAGGCUGUGGAUGUGAAAACUGGAUAAGGCGGUCCGGAAGAGGUCAGCCGGCGCAGCUUACUUCCGCAACAGGUAUAACAUACUAUCAUGGCAUGCCAAAUUGUGGAGUGUCAACAUAGAACCACGCGGAUUCGGAUGUACCUACCCCAAGAUUAAAGCUUGUUAGUAGCAGCAGCCCUAUGGUUGAAUAGUAUGAGUCUCCCAUGACGGUGAAGAAGGCGACCCGGAGCGGGGGCCGCGCGGCCGUGGUGGCGCGCCAGCGGCUGCACAACACGCACCAGCAGCUCGACAUCAUCACCAUCACCAGGCCCACUCCCAACUACAACACCGUCGUCGGAUUCAACGACAAGGACCAACUACAGCUACUCACUAAAGAAGAAACAACUGACGACAAAGCCAAAAACAAAGAAGCAAAAACGAUCAAAACGGAAAAUAUUCCAGUGGACGAUAUUAAUAGCUGCGUCAAUGUCGAAAACUACCCGAGUUGCGAUAACACUCUAGUCUUCUACGUAACCAAAAACUUUGUGAAGGAAGCCAUAGCGUUGAAGUUCGAAAACAAACAGGACUUCAAGAGAAUAUACUUCACGUACAAAUACUUCAAAAUGCGGAACCGGCUCACUAAUAACAACGCACCCAACUACGCUAGCACUGACAAUUUGUUCUCCAAAAAGAAGUACAGCGAUACAAUUAGUCAUAAGAAUAGGAAAAACAGCGUUGAAGACUACUUGUUUGAUAAGGGAGCGAAGACUGACUUCGACCUGAUGCACACCACAGACAACGAUGGCGUCACUCACAUAUCUAUCCACCAAAAAGGUUACAACUCCAGGUUCGACCAGCCAAUGAGUCUGAUAGGGAUCCGAGGGGAGAUAAAAGACAUCUCUGAAAUAGACAGCAUAAUCUACACUGAUGUGGAAGUACCAGCGAAGCCGGAACGGAAGCGUCUGUUUCAGAAGAACAAGGCAAAAGCGCCUUUACCCCCAUCGAAAGACGGUAAAGUGUUGAAAGGGGAGUACGUGAGAGUCAACGUAGAGAGGAGUCCAGACCUAAUCCCGAAGGAGAGCAAGACCAGCCGGGUGCCCGAUAUAUUGAUGUUCAGGGACUCGAAGACCAAACGGACGAGUCCAACUAGAAGUCUCUGGUCUGCUAGUAAUAAAGCGACUGCGGGCUACGAGUCUGACCGCGAGGAGUGGCGCAGCAGCCGCUCCCAGUUCUCCACCACGGCCUUCGACAGCCUCGCCCGCCCCACCAAGGCGGCCAUGGCUCUCACCCUCAGGAAACCCCAGAGGCUGGAUCCAGUACCACAGUACUACCGCAUCGGGGACAAGAUCCCGCCAGCACCCAUGACCUACCGGCCUAGUAACUACAUCCAGCGGCCGCCGCGGCUCCCGCGCCCCGCACCAGACGUGAAGCGGAGCCCUCUCAACACAGACCACAGGAAGUUCACCUCCUUACAGAACCUCGACCCAAAGAAACUGGCUGACAAGAAACAGAAUGACGUGAAAAAGAAUAACUACUCGAAUCUGAGUACCAGGAUAUCAGGACUGACGAGCAAGUUGCGCGACUUAGGGAAUCCUAAUAAUACGCUUGGAAGGUUUAAAGCGAACUCACACAAUGAUGUCGCGAAUCUAAAGCCGGUGCUGAAGAAUGUUCCAGACUCGAAGAGGCCUGUGGUGAGGACUUGCAGCGCGGAACCACCAAAGAAAGUGACUUUCAGUGCAUUCGCCACUGUUCAGGUUGUUUAAUGACCGCUCGGUUAAUAAGUGAUGGGAGUCGAAGCUGAAGGGGACAUAGAUAGGCACAUCAUAUCUGGAGGGUCACUCUAGG